AUGGGCGUGGUCUGCUUUUCUCAGCUGGGAAGCCAGCCAGCCAUGAGGGUCAACUACCUUCUCAUUGCGUUGCUCUUCUUGUUCUUGCUGCCUGUUCCAGGCAAUGGCGGAAUCGUAAGCUGGUUACAAAAGUAUUAUUGCAAAAUAAGAAGCGGCCAGUGUACUCUGAUUGACUGCCUUCCAAAGGAGGAACAGAUAGGACACUGUUCCCUGAGUGGCCGAAAAUGCUGCCUGAAAAAGAAAUGA